AUGGAGGCGUGUUCGAGCCACGAGUCCUUUGGGGCGGAGUCGCGGCCAUCGCUGGCCCCACCAGACCUGCCCACCUGGUGCUGCUUGUACGCGCAUGCAGUGAGUUUCGGCCAUUUGCCGCUGACGCCUCGAGGUGCGCUGACGGCGAAGCACAUUUCGCCCAUGCCGCCCAAGCGGGUAGGCGACGUCGCGCCACCUCCACCCGAGGCCAAGAGCCUGCAGGCAACUGCCUGCGCUGUUCGGCUUGCGCCUGGGAGGGAAGCAGACGCCGUGUCUCCGCAGCUGGUGACUUGCGCCGGCUCCAGGGCGACUGCGGCGAGCGGAAGGCCGCCCCCCAGUACGGAGGAUCCCAAGUUUUUCUUCCAGGACCAGAAGACGCCGAAGCUGCCCGUGCUGGCGCUGCCCACUGCAGCCGGGGCGCUGGUGCCAGGUCAGGAGCCCAAGUGGCUUGAGGAGCGCUGGAGCCGGGGCACGCUCUGUGAGGACGACGCAUUCAAGCUUCGCGACUCCCACAAGGACAAGGACUACUACCCGGUCUACGACGACGCCUCCAGCACUGCGAGCGUGGCCAGUUCCACCUUCGUCGAGUGCCAGGCAGACCCCUACGAGGUGCACCAGCUCCCGGGUCUCCGGGUGUACGCGUGUUUAUUGGGCGCUAGCACGCAACCGUUGAAGAUGAAGGACGUGUUGGCGUCCCGUGCGGCCUUUGAACUGCUGCAGAAGGACUCCUUCAGCAUCAACCUCGCGGAGUUGGGCGCAGGCACUCCAGUCUCCGUUUCGGACGGACAUUUGAAGGCGGUCUACCAGCAACUGGGAGGAGAUGUGAGCAAUCCUGGCCAGCCCGGAGCGGACUUCCGGAUCUUCUUGCUGGUCCUCAUCGGCCUCGCCCGCUUUGGGAAGACGCCGGCCAUCAUGAAGAUCGCGGGCGAGGACGAGCCGCAGAGGCAGGCGCGGAAGCGCCUGACCAUGGCCAUCAGGGUGCUUUGUGAUAGGGACGACAGGGACCUCACGCAAGAGGAGCUCUCCUUAUUGAUCCUCAGCCUGCACUUGGCCGCCAUCGACAACUCCGCCAAGCUGCAGGAGCUCGUGGCCAAGAAGGUGCAGAUCUUGGUGAGCAAUCGCCAAGAUCCAGAGUUCGCGGAGGGCCUCACAACACAGAAGUUCCCGCGCAUGGCUGUGCACGGGGCCGCGGAGCUGGUGUUCCCAUCGGUGCAUGAGAUCGCAGCUCUAAACCUGAGCUUUCCUGACUGCUUUCGGUCGGAGCUGGGGCAAGAGCUUCUGGUCCGCGUGCCCCGCAAGGCGCAGUUCGUCAAGGAGCUGCCCGGCAGCGCGGCCUUCCUGGCGCAGGAGAUGCCGGAAGAGUCGGACACGGGCGACACCUUCCCCUACCUCUCCAAGCAGGAGCUGCGCGAGCACGCGGGGUCCGACUUCUUCGACCCGCGGAAGAUGAUCCACAGCUUCGAGGCGCAGGUGAAGCGGGCGUUGGCCGUGCGGAAGAUCCGGGAGGAGAAGAGGCGCACGCGAGUGUGGUCCCCCGAAGAAAUCCGAGCCGUCCAAGAGCACAUGAAGAACACCCAGGCCGGCGCCUUUGACGAGACGAAGGGCCUGGACAGGACGGAGCCUGUGCCGGAGACCCCCAAGCUGCUGGAGUCGGCGGCAGUCACUGCGACCUUCCGGCGGGUGGAGGCGUCUAUGGCGCUGAAGGCCACGGACCAUGCGCCAGCCGACAGUGAGCUUCCGGAGCCGAAAGCGAGUCCCGCACCGGCUCCCGAGAUCAGGGAGGACCCGCCGUUUCCGGGGCUCUUGACGACGCACCGGAAGACGAAGCCCGCAUCCGGGCCAAAGAAAGGAGACGUGUCUCCAGCCCGGAGACACGAGCGGCCGAUGGCCAGGCCAAAGACAGCCUGGCGAGAUGAGAUCUGGGACCGCAAGAUGCAGUUCGUCAUCUUGGUGCUUUUUCUUUUCCUUAUGGCAGCCGUGGCCAUCGCCACAGCCAGCAUUCCAGUGAAGCUUGUCUUUGAGGCUUUGCUGGCAGUAGGCAUGGUCGUCUGCCUUUGUCGCCGCUUCACGCGGGAGAGUGCAAGGGUGGAUCACCCGGACACUCCGACAGCCGGAAUUGGCAAGCCGCUGAUCUGCGAUGCGGUUUGA